CCUCGCUGUCAUUCCCGGCCUCUCUCCCCCAGGCUCACUCGUGGCCGAGCGGGGGCUGGAUGAGGAUGUGCGCCGGAGAGUCGUCCCUUGGUGCCUUGGCGGUUCUGUCCCGAGAAUGAAGAAGUGAAUCUGAGCUCCGUCAUGGCUGUCCAGGGUGGAAUUCAGGUUUGGCACGGCGAGAAGUUCGAUGCCCCCCUGCUGAGCCCCAGGAGCCCCCGCGGCCUGCUGGGCCAGCGGCACGGACCCGGCCUCACCGACGUCUUCCAGUACGACCAGUGGCUGGCGGUGCGACACGAGGCCACGCUGGUGCCCAUGCAGGAGGACCUGGCCAUCUGGCUGAGCUCUCUGCUGGGAGAGGAGGUGAGGGCCGAGUUCUUCAUGGAGGAGCUGAACAACGGCGUCCGGCUCUGUCAGCUGAUCGGCGUGCUGCAGGCGAAAGUCAACCAGAACGGCCCCCCCGAACGCAGCAAGCUCUUCCCCACCAAGACGGUGGCGUGCAAGCGGGACGCCUCUCCAGGUUCCUUCUUCGCUCGGGACAACACCGCCAACUUCCUGGCCUGGUGUCGCCGCAUCGGCGUGGAGGAGACCUACCUGUUUGAGUCGGAGGGCCUCGUGCUGCACAAAGAUCCUCGGCAGGUCUGCCUGUGUCUUCUGGAGAUCGGCCGCAUCGUCUCCAAGUACGGCGUGGAGCCUCCCGUGUUGGUGAAGCUGGAGAAGGAGAUCGAGAUGGAGGAGACGCGGCUUCUGGCCGAGGAGCCCCCUCCAGCGGUGAAAACCUUCAGCGUGUGCUGCCAGCACGGCGGCCUCUACCAUCCUGGGGAGCCCGACCCGGACGAGCCCCCGUGCAGCUGCUCCAACCGGGUCUCCAUCGAGUAUCUGUCGGAGGGCCGCUACAGGCUGGGAGACAAGACCAUCUUCAUCCGGAUGCUUCAUGGGAAACACGUGAUGGUGCGCGUUGGCGGCGGCUGGGACACCCUGCGAGGUUUCCUCAGCAAGUACGACCCGCUGCGAGUUCUGCAAUUCACCACCCUGGAGCAAAAGAUCCUGGCCUUCCAGAAAGGCCCCCCAGGUCCCAGAGGGCCCCCCAGCAGUGUGGCCCCGCCCCCUGACAUGGACCCCCUGGCUGCUGUGGAUGACCUCGUCUCCUCCUCCUCAUCUGCUUCCUCCUCCAGCUCUUCCUCUUCGUCAGGCUCCGCCUGUAAGCACCCCCCACCUGCAUACACCUGUCGCUCCUGCACCCCCUCCCCUGCCUGUACCCCCACACUACCCCGGAGAGGUCCAGCCCCCAAAAAGACUGUCCAGACGACGCCAAGCUCCUCCCCGAGAAAGCCCACCAUGCUGCCGCUGCCAGUCACCACAAAGUCCCCCGCCCCUUCACCCUCUGCCUCUGUGGGGAGCUCCCCCUGCUUGGGGCGCCGGGGGGUGCAGGUACAGCUCAGAGCUGCGACCCCAACAGGUCAUCCUGCAGGUACAAGCCCCGCCCCCAAAGGUAAGCUCAGGACUCAGGGCCCGGCCUCCAAGCCCCGGAGCCCGGUUUGCCCCGAGCCGUCUUCCAAAUGCCCCAAACCUUCCAGCCCCUGCGCCACCCCCGUGCCCCGCUCACUCGCCACAACAGCCCCUCCCUCUAGAGAUGCCCGCCCCCCAACGGGCGCAAACCAGCGCUCUCGUCUGGCGCAGCGGCGCUCCGGCUCUCCGGCCUCACGCCUGCGCUUGGAAGCAGUUAGGCGGGCGAGGAUGGCCACGAGAGCCGCUGCAGCCCCCCAGUCCAGGACCCCCUCCCCCAGCUCACGGACCGCUUCCCCAACCCCACCAAAGCCCGCCUCUGCCCCGCCCAAAGGCACAGUUGGCCCCGCUAAAACCCGGCUACAGAUGCCCAACAAGGGGAACGCCCCCAGGGUGGUCCCAGGGGCCAACACCGGCAUCAGAGCCAAUCAGAAAGCCCCAACCACCACAAAGGAGGCGGGGCAAAGACCAGAAAUGACAGCUGGCUCCAAAGCGACGGUCAAACCGGAACGUACAGAUGGGGUCGAGCAGAGAACUGCCACCAAAAAACCCCCCCUGUGCAGCAAAAGGGAGGAGCCUUAUUUUGAAAUGAACUGCAGGAGGAAGCAGUGGGCGUGACCAGCAGGCUGGUAGCUCCGCCUCUUCAGCAGUCGGCACAUGUUAGAGCCUCAGCUCAGCAAGCAAAGUCUCGGAGCGUCACGCGUCGACACGUGCACUGUGCACGGGUUCUUCAGAACCAGGAGAUCCGCUCCUCCAUCUGCAGGAAGCUGAUGUCAGCCUUUUGUGGGCGUGGUCUGUUCCUCGCGUGCCUUCAGUGGAAGCGGAGUGGGGUUACAAUAUAAGAGAUGAAGGUUUUACUGCUCAUUUAUGACUUUGCUUUUCAUUUGUAGGAAAAACUACUGAUCCAAGCGUCUUUUAUGGAAAACGCUAAAGGAACAAAGGUUUUAUCUGUUAAAGGUCUAGUUUUUAUGUGGUCCUGUUGAAAUCUUUAUUAGGAUGUUUUUCUUUGGCACUUUACAGAAAUCUGUCUUGUCUGAAUGUUUAUCUUUAUUUGUAGUUUUUGUUGUUCUAAUCAAUAAACUAUUAAAUACUUUUUAAGAA